AUGGGAUUCGGUUCGGGAUUCGGUGGCGCUGAAGUUGACCAGCGCCUACCACGUUUCGAGGACACGGAGUCGUACGGUUCCGACGACCCGGUGCGCACCGGGUACCAAGCGCUGACCCUGGCGGCCUUCCGAUCUCCCGGGUUGCUCGGAACGCAUGGCUUUGGCUUUGGCGGCAACUUCGGCUUCCGUGAUCCUUCGGCCACGUCACCAACGGCGGCGUCCUCGUUUGACGGGCCUCCUGCCCAUCUUGCGGCCGGUUCGUUGCUGAAUCUCUCCCAGCACGCCACAUCCGCCGGUGGUCACUUCCGGUCGCAUCACCACCAGCUCCAUCCGCAGCACGGUGACACCGGCGGUAGUCCGGUGAAUCUGUUUCUCGGUACCGGAGGAGGUCCAUCUUCGAGAGAUAACUCCCACGACCAGCCUGCUCCUCCGGACAGUCCGUACGGGCGACCGUAUCAUCCUGCGACGGACGGUGCCACAGGACUUCCGGCGCAUCUUUCUGAGCAUUUGGCUGGCCUCGGAGCGGCUUACGGAACGGAUUCGGAUCGGGCAGAUCAGGACGACGAGAUCCACGUUCUUCCGGGGAGUCCUCGUGGCCACAGUCCCGUGAGUGGGCGGCUUAACGGCAGUGGGUACACCUCAGAACCGGCCAGUCCGGAGCCGACAGGACACAAACAUCGACCACCGGCGGACGAGUCCUGUGGCAGUCCGCUCGGAAGUGCCCGAUCGUACUCGAGCCAAACGAAAGAGGGUGAUCUCGGUGGGUUAGGAGGAUAUCCUUUGUCCGGUUCACCCCACGAUAGUGUGGGAUCCUCGCGUAGCCCCGAAAACCUCUCCCACGGUCCUUCCGGUUCGGCCAACGCGUGUCAUCCCCAAUCGUCGAACUCCGGAAUCGUCGCCGGCUCGUCCGGAAGUGCGGCUUCAUUUGCACUUUCCGUCGGGCAGCAAUUGGCAGCGCAUCAACAGCACCAUCAUCACCAGCAUCAGCAACAUCUUCAGCAACACCCGCUGCAUCACCAGCUUCACCCGCAUCACCCACACCAUAACAACAACAACAACAACAUGGAUCAUAAGUUACAGUUGAGCUUCCUGGGUCCGCCACUGGCGGCGCUGCACUCCAUGACGGAGAUGAAAGCGGCUCAACACCAGCAGCACCAACACUCACACGCCCCCACAGGACAACAACCCCCGGGAUCGGGUCCUCACACCACCACGCAUCCUGGCAGCCCCGAUCGACUCUCGCAAACGGCCGUUUCACAGUCACCGGCGGUCAGCAACCCACACGGAAUUGACACAAUCCUUUCCCGACCACCGCCAGUUACCACCGCUCAAUUGAAUGCCUUAGGAGGAGGAAUGCCCCGUUUUACAGCGGCCGUAGCUGCGGCAGCCAACAUGGCGCAAUAUCUGUCCCAGAACCACGCCAACGGUCCUAUGAAGGCUCACGCAGGGCCACUCGUCGACCGGACGCACCUUUACUGGCCCGGACUGCAGGGUCUCGUGGCCAAUCCGAUGGCGUGGCGUGACCGACUCGGUUCCACAAUGUCCGCCAGCCUGUCCCAGUCACACCACGGCCAGGAUAAGGACGGCAAGAAGAAACACACCCGGCCAACGUUCAGCGGUCAGCAGAUAUUUGCCCUCGAGAAGACGUUCGAGCAGACGAAGUACUUGGCCGGUCCGGAGCGGGCCAAGCUGGCGUACGCCCUCGGCAUGACCGAGUCACAAGUGAAGGUGUGGUUCCAGAAUCGUCGUACGAAGUGGCGCAAAAAGCACGCGGCCGAAAUGGCAACGGCCAAGCGAAAACAGGAGGAACUCGGCGAUGGUGACGGGGACUGCAGCGAACCGAUGGACUCCGACUCCGAGAGCCUCGAUCUAGUCGACACCGGAAGCAGCCAACGGAAGCGCUGCCGAAUGGAGGACGAAAUGCGCCAUUAG